UCCAUUUUCAUUGUCAAGCAGAACUUGGUACCUUUUCUGAUUUCAAAACACCCAAUUCAGAAACCACUAAGUUUCUUGACUGGCCAGUAAGCCAAAAUAAAUUUCCUAAGAGGAGCCAAAAUUAUUACAAUUUUCAGAAAUAUCAAUUGAAAUAUAUCAGUCUUUUCAUAUUUACUCUGAUGUGUUUCACUUUAUCCAAAUUGGCUUAGCAAAUGUGGCAGCCAAAAAAAAUAAAUAAGCAUUGAAAAUGAACAAAAUAGAAAAGAAGUGACAGAUUGUGAAUUAGGGAGGGGGACUAGAUGCAGGCUCCGCCCUCUUGGCCGUGGAUUGGUCAGGAGAGCCCAGCUUCCGCGCUGUGAUUGGCCAGAAUUCUAGUCCACUUUCACAGACGCGAUAAAGUUUUUCACUGGAAGCUUGAAGGUAGUAGGCGCAAAACAGGACCUGCCGUGCAGUCCUCUGUGAGUAGAUGUUACAGCUGCAACAAACCGGGAAUUUAUCAGACAUGAGUGCGUUUUCAAGCUGCGGGAAACUACAACACAUAGUUUUUUCAAUGCUUUACCACCAGCGAAGUUUCCUGGAUAAUUAACUGUGCUGGAUGGCUUAAAGUGGGAUGGUAUAAUUUCAAAGACGCACGGGACGACACGCGCUGCACUCCUGCUGGACUGACCAUAAACCCACGUGCCUCGGUUUCCAAGGCGACCAAACUAAUUGGAGUCUAAGGAGAUAUUAGUAUUAAUAACAGUGGGUCUGGUGGUGGGACUUUUUUUUUUUCUUGGGGAAAAUGCCUGGUGCGCUCCUGAUGAUGAUGAUGGUUGCGCUCUCGCUCCUCUUGGUCUGUCCGCUCUUCUUGGCCAUCGACGCGUUCGGCGACGACGAAGAGGAGAUGACCUGCGACCCGAUCCGGAUCAGCAUGUGCCAGGGUCUGGGCUACAACGUCACCAAGAUGCCCAACCUGGUGGGGAACGUUCUGCAGACGGACGCCGAGCUGCAGCUGACCACGUUCACGCCGCUCAUCCAGUACGGCUGCUCCAGCCAGCUCAAGUUCUUCCUUUGCUCCGUUUAUGUGCCAAUGUGCACGGAUAAAGUCCCCAUCCCCAUUGGGCCGUGUAAGAGCAUGUGUUUGUCCGUCAAGAGAAAAUGCCUUCCUGUUCUCCAUGAGUUUGGCUUCAUAUGGCCUGAGGAGCUCAACUGCAGCCUCUUCCCACCUCUAAAUGACCACAACCACAUGUGCAUGGAGGGUCCAGGUGAUGAAGACCCCCCCUACCAACCUGUCCGCCACCCUCCCCAACAGGAGGAGUGUCAGGCACUGGGCUCUGCACCUGAACAGUACACUUGGCUCAAACAGACUGAAACGUGCGCCCUCCAAUGCGGAUAUGACAGUGGGCUGUACCGACGGGGGGGAAAGGUCUUCACGGACGCCUGGAUGGCCGUGUGGGCCGUGCUGUGCUUCCUGUCAACCACUCUGACUGUCCUGACCUUCCUCCUGGACUCGCAGCGUUUCUCAUACCCCGAAAGGCCGAUCAUCUUUCUUUCAAUGUGCUGCAAUCUGUACAGUGUUGCUUACCUGGUACGGUUGACUCUUGGAAGAGAGCGAGUUUCCUGUGACUUGGAUGCCACUGCCGUUCCGAUUCUGGUCCAGGAAGGAUUAAAAAGCACCGGCUGUGCCAUAGUCUUCCUUCUCCUUUAUUUCUUUGGCAUGGCUUCUUCGCUAUGGUGGGUGAUCCUAACCCUCACCUGGUUUUUGGCUGCUGGGCUGAAAUGGGGCCAUGAGGCGAUUGAAAUGCACAGCUCCUACUUCCACAUCGCGGCCUGGGCCAUCCCAGCUGUUAAAACCAUUGUUAUCUUAAUAAUGAGGCUGGUGGACGCUGAUGACCUCACUGGGCUGUGUUACGUUGGUAACCAGCAACAAGAGGCCCUCACAGGCUUUGUGGUUGCACCAUUAGCGACAUACCUUCUUAUAGGGACGUUGUUCAUCUGCGCAGGCCUGGUGGCUCUUUUCAAGAUCCGAUCUAAUCUGCAGAAGGAUGGAGCUAAAACCGACAAACUGGAGCGUCUAAUGGUGAAGAUCGGCGUGUUCUCCGUUCUUUAUACCGUUCCUGCUUCCACAGUCAUCGGCUGUUACCUCUACCAGCUCUCUAACUGGGAGGAGUUCAAGACCAACCCCAGGGACUCAUACGUAGCAUCGGAGAUGCUUCGGAUCUUCAUGUCGCUGCUGGUGGGCAUCACGUCAGGGAUGUGGAUAUGGUCCGCGAAAACCCUCCACACCUGGCAGCGCUGCUCUGCCCGGCUGCUGAGGGACAGCCGGGCGAGCCGAGUCGGCAAGAGGGCGCCGGGUGAGAGCUGGAUCAAACCGGGGAAGGGCAACGAGACAGUGGUGUGAGCAAAUGGAGAACACGGACAGGAAAUACGUUCUGCAUUGUUUCUCCUCAUACAGACACUUGCCCUGCUAAAUGAAGGACGAAGAGAGUCAGCGGGCGGGUUAGGAAGGGGACAGAGGAUCAUAGCCAGACCUUUUCAAAGAAGCCACUGGAUAUGCCAUCGCAUGAACUCCCUGCCUCAAAUAGGAGCUAUGAAGGAGAAAAUAAGAAGACUGAGUCAUACAUUUUGUUGCAAGAGUAGCCUCCCUACCUCUCAUUAGAUCACUGUUGCAUAGAGAGUUGGGAAAAAAUAUUGAACUGAAAAAGAGAUACGGAAUGGAAGAAAAGAAGCACAUAAAAGCUCUGGUUCUACCUCUCUGUUUCUCUUUUUCUUAACUGCUCAGCAGAAGAGACUCACCCUGCUGAAUAUAGUAAAGCUGUGUGCCAUUGUGACUUUUAAAGGGCUUUCAGAGUUUUAUAUUAUGACACUGGAGCAGAUAUAGAAAUAUUUGGUUUCCCUGAGAUAUUUGACAACAGCUGAAAAAUGUAUCUGCAGUUCAAUCAAACAAGAAUACCACGCUAAAUGUUGUGAUAUCUCAACAUACUUCAUUCAAUCUACCACUCAUUGACAGAUGAACAUUCUGCAUCUGUCAGAUUGUAUGUUUUAGUGUAUAUGAGUACAAGUUUAUUUUAUUUUUUUUUUUUACCUUGAACUGAUCAGAAAGAGGCUCUAUGCUUCAAUAGUGCACUAAAAAUGAUUGUAAAAUGUGAGCUCCAAAGUAGAAGGUCUAAAAAGAAACACAGAAUUCAAAGUUAUGUCUAUUUAGCAUUUUAAAGGAGUAGUUCAGAUUGUUUUUUUAAACCAAAAGGUUAAAGCUGGUUGUAAUCUACGCCUAUAAACAGCCUCUUAGAUCUACGUUUUAUUUAGCUGGUCCAGGAGGCUGAAGCUAACGGCUAAUCUGGAAAACUUAAUCCAAACAGACUGAAAACAAGAUUAAUCUAAAACCCAUCGAGUUGGUUCAAGUAAGGAAACUUUAAAGCAUCUUGACUUAACUCCAGUGUUUUUAAAUGUUCUGUUCUCCAUAUUUUCGGCAAUGUUUGCUAAAUAUUCUUCCACUCCAAUUACAAAUCGGUCAGUAGUCUAAGAUUUAUCAGAGAGGAUUUCAAUAAACUCCCAUUUUGAGGCUCUGCAUGGUUUGGUUCAACAGGCUAGCCAUUAAAAUUACAUGGUCUAAGCAAGCAGAUUUGGUUUUUUUAAAUAACAAGAAGCCUAUCCAUGCAGGGUAGAUAAUAGUUGCUUCAAUGUUUUUAAUAGAACCUCGCUUAGAAAAUAUUCUGAACUCAACUCUUAUCCGUGUUGCUUUUUAGAAAGUUUUAGCAUUUAUUUUAAAAUGAUCUAAAGAUUCCCACAAAUGCAGUAAAAUAUCAAUUCUGAUUGAUCUACUUUGGCUUUUUUUUCUUUUCUUCUCUUCUUUUCUUUCUUUUUAUGCUUAAAUUGCAGAGAAAUAAGCCUGUGUUUGUUUUAGGAAGUCUGUGAGAAGCUAAGCUAGCUUCUAAUUAGAUGUUUAGUCUUCCUGCAAACCCUACACUCCUUAUGCUCUUGGGUCACCAUGCAUUUCAGGAAAUUUAAUAAUUAACCCUGCCCUUUUCUAAACAUUGGAUCUCAGGCAGGUUAUCAAACAAAAACGUUAUGGGACAUUUGGCUGCCAAAAUACACAUCGGGCAUCAUCAAGAAACAGUCAGAGAAUAAUCUUUUGUGCAUGAAAGAGUAGUUUUACUAAAGUUUUAAUAUUGAACUUAUUUUUUUUUAGAGGCCAUUCAUUGUAAGGCUAGAUUGACACUGCUGUUCCUUACAGAUACAUCAAUUAUGGUGCAACCGAUUCAAUAACCCUCUUCUUCAACAAAAAGCUUACUUUUUAUCAACUUGUUUAAUUUAAUUUUAUUACUAACAUCACAGAGGUAGCACACUGUGUGAGUAAAUACCCCCCCUCCUAAUGUUAUGUUGCCUUCCAAUAUGUCUUAUUGACAUUUAUAUGUCACAACUCACUUUCUCAGACAAUCAGAAGUCCUCUGUGAAAAAGUUUUUAUUUUUUAUACGUUUGCAAAUUGUGAAAAAGUGUUCAAUCCCCCAUUGGAUUCCAAAAUUCACGAUUUUAAAGGAUUGUGUCCUUUAGAUGCUGCUGAAACUGUCUCUUCUUACUCCGUAAAAAUUAAAAAAAUAUCCACUGGAC